CAGACAAACAGUAUUAUGAUGGUAUGAACUUAUAUUAAAGAUAACUUGACGACUCGCGGUCACAUCGUCCUGACACUGGACCUCAGUGAUCACCAACCAGUCGUUAACGAACCACGCCACGUAACACAUAACAACGCAUUCUAAGACCAUGGGUCUCGAUAUAAAGUCUGUACUGAUUGUGGAUGGUGUUGGGUCGAACUGCGCAGAUAUUCUCAACUCACACAAUAUUCAAGUCACUACAAAAGCAAAGAUAUCGAAAGAUGAACUCCUCAAAGAAAUAUCUAACCAUGAUGCACUGGUGGUGCGCUCUGCAAGUCAGGUCACUAAGGAAGUGCUAGAGGCGGGAAAAAAACUUAAAGUAGUUGGAAGAGCUGGAGCUGGAGUUGAUAACAUUGACGUGGCCGCUGCUGGUAGCAGAGGAAUCGGUGUUAUUAACGCACCUGGAGCGAACGCAAUGAGUGCGUGUGAAUUGACUUGCGGUUUGAUACUGGCUCUGGCACGCCACGUAGUGCCAGCAGCUGCGGCCCUCAGGGCCGGAAAGUGGGAACGCACUCAGCACACCGGCACUGAACUCAACGGGAAAACAUUAGCUAUCCUGGGCUUAGGAAGAGUAGGGAGGGAAGUGGCUAUCCGCAUGAAUGCGUUUGGCAUGAAGGUAAUUGGUUUUGAUCCGUUCGUAACAUCGGAGCAAUGCGAACAGUUCCACACAUCAAAGAUGGAAUUAGAUGAGAUUUGGCCUCUUGCUGACUACAUUACUCUUCACACGCCACUCAUUGAAUCUACCCGUAAUUUUAUAAACUCAAAUAGUUUGAAGCGCUGUAAAAAAGGUGUGAAGAUCAUAAAUGUUGGACGUGGAGGUCUAAUUAAUGAAAAGGACUUCCUCGAAGCCCUUCAAUCUCAACAGGUUGGAGGAGCAGCUCUUGAUGUAUUUGAACAGGAACCUCCGACUGAUCCGCUUACAUUAGAGAUCAUUAAACAUCCAGCCGUGGUCGCUACACCUCAUUUAGGUGCUUCUACUAAAGAAGCUCAAGUACGUGUGGGACAAGAAAUUGCAGAACAACUGGUCAACCUAGUCAAACCAGGAACAUAUUCAACUCCGCUCGCAGAAGUUACGCGUGUACUCUCUAAGUAAUACAAAAAUGGUCGACGUCAUAAUCUCAAUAUGCCUACAUGUAUUUAAAUAUAUUUAAUAAAAAGCCCUACAAACUUGCGCUAAAUUUUAA